AGUCCAAGGAACGGCUUCGUCGGUAACAGUCACGUUCUUCGCUAUCCCGCGAAUCGAAAUCUUGAGACUUGCUCUCGCGGACGCGGUCACGGUGAAGUCGGCGUUCCAUUCCGGCCAAGAUCCUUCUCGGUCCGUCACCAAUCAACCGUCGGUACGCAAUGGCUCAAUCAAUGCACUUUGCACGCGUCUCGAUCAAGGUGCAGGGUGUUGCCCUCUGUUUGCUGCUGGCAUGCGUACUCCAGAAUGCCGUGGUGCAUUCGAGCGAGAACGCUCCAUCGACACCGGAGGAAGUGCAGGACGGCGUGAUGGAGAGUGCCGAGCCACUGGUUGAAACGAAACCGAUCGAAAUGGAAGGGUUAGGCCUCGAGGCGCGCAUGGCUCUUCCUGAUCGUGAACAAAAAAAUAAGAAAGCGGCCAAUGUCCAACUGAUAGGAUCGGUGAUCAAUAAGGAUGGUGGUUUAGAUCCAGUUUAUCAAACCGUGCCACCCCCACUCCCACAUGAAGAGUUACAAUUUGCGAAUAGCAAAACGACUGAACCGAUUGUUAAGGAUCAAAUUCUGACGAAGAAGAUCACAGAUGCACUGGAAAAAGGUGGCACACGGUACAAGGAGGUGUUGGCGAACAAUAUCACACGCCAUCCAGUAGACUAUGACGACACGACGACGGAAAAUGUUACGAAAGCGUUCAUGUGCCGUUCGACAGUUACUCACAAGUAUCCUACGGCCUACAUGGACCAAAAUAAGUUGAUAAAACAUAUCGUCAACGUGAAAGGUUUCUACCAAGGCAUAACCUACGACGAAUGCGACGAACAUGAAGCAGUGUGUAAUGAGGGCUGCUCUUCCUUGACCGGCGAAUACCGUUGUGUACAACUGUAUGCCGAGAGGAAUGUCGUUGUUGCACAAGUGGAAGGAAAAGGUGAGAAAGUGACGCUAAGCCUCGAAAAAAUUUCUUACGAAUCUGGCUGCAAGUGUCGACGCAUGGAUCUGUUAACUGAAAAUUAAACGACGUACGACACCGCGCUCCAGAUGUUGCAGAAGCAUCUCCAAGGAUACGAUAGGAAGAAAGGUACAAUUCGUUCUCAAUAACUUGUCUGGUGCACCGUGAUGCCUUAUCGUGGCUGAUUUGUACCACGGCGAGACGGCAAGAAAUAAUGCAAGCAAAUAAUAAAAACAACCCAGCAAUUACAGCAAAACUGAAG